CUUUACUUUUCGCUUCUUUUCUUCUAUAAUGAACAGAGCACAAGAGCGAAAAAAAAAAAUCCAAUCUUUAAACUCAAAAAAUGGCCGUCGAGCAAAACCCACAAAAAUCCCUGCUCGAUUCCCUUUACUGCGAGGAAGAAGAACAAAAAUGGGGUGAAAUCGAAGAUGACGAGACCCAAAUCACCCUAAAGAACCAAUCUUUUUUCAUCAACACCACAACAAACAUGAACGAAAACGAUGAAAAUCAUCUCUGUCUUUUUCCUCUGCUUUUGUUAGAACAAGAUUUGUCCUGGGACGACGGCGAGCUCGAGACCCUUUUCGUUAAAGAGAGAGAAACCCGUUUACCGGAACCCGACCCGACGACGGGCAUUCUCAAUCUCACACUCUCUGCAGCGAGAAAAGAGGCCGUGGAAUGGGUCCUGAAAGUCAACGCCCGAUAUGGGUUCUCGCCGUUGACCGCCGUCCUCGCCGUCAACUACCUCGACCGGUUCUUGGUCGGCGUAGGUUUUCAGGCGGAGAAGCCGUGGAUGGCCCAUCUCCUCGCCGUCGCCUGUCUAUCUCUCGCCGCGAAAGUAGAGGAAACCCAUGUGCCCCUGCUCUUAGAUCUUCAAGUUGAGGAUGCAAAAUACUACUUUGAGGCCAAGACUGUACAGAGGAUGGAGCUUUUGGUGCUCUCAGGGCUAAAAUGGAGAAUGAACCCAGUGACCCCACUUUCCUUUCUUGAUCAUGUAAUCCGACGGCUGGGAUUGAAAACCCAUGUUCAUUGGGAAUUUCUGAGGAGCUGUGAGGAUUUGCUUCUAUCAGUUGUCCCAGAUCCAAGAUUUUCUUGCUAUCUCCCCUCAGUUUUGGCUACUGCCACGAUGCUUCAUGUUAUCCAUCAAGUUGAGCCUUUGAGGGCCUUUGUGUAUGAAAACCAGCUUCUUGGUGUGCUCAAAAUCAACAAGGAGGAAUUGGAUGAGUGCUAUGAGCUUAUCUCCAACAGAAAUCCAUUGAAACGCAGAUUUGGAGAUUCAAUUUUGAACUAUGAUGACGGGUCAAAUGACUCAUGGUCAUCCAUGACAUCAUCAUCAUCGUCAUCAUCAUGCAUAUCAUCUUCACCCCAUGAGCCCAUCUUCAAGAAAGCCAGAAGAAUUCAAGAAGAGAAAAUGAGAUUGCCAUCUUUGAGCAGGGUUUUUGUGGAUCCUAUUGGCAGCCCACAUUAAAACACAUUUUCUCUCUCUCUCUCUCGAGAGAGAGAUUGAGAGAGAAGGUGGCAGAAAGAGCUGGCAAAUUUACAGGGGAGAGAAUUAAAAGAGAGUAUAAAAGAGACAUUAGAAAAUUGAAGAAUAUCUACAAUCUUGUUUUUUUCUCUCUAUAUAUAUAUUCAAUGUUUAUUUUUUAAUUAUAUGUCUCUUUUUUCUCUUUCAAGAACAGUUAUUGCUAUUUAAUUUGCUGCUUCAUAUGGACAUAUUCUAUAUUACAAUUUCAU